CCCAUUCACUUGUGAUAUAUUGACUGGUCAGAAUACAGCUCUUAUAUACCAUUUGAAUGCAUUAUAAAAUCAGUUACAAACAUUUUAAUGGCUAUUUGGCUUGUGGGAAGCUAUAUUGACUAGAAGUCUUUAACUUAAUUUCCCUCCAAAAAUGCAGUUCAGGCAUCUCCCCCACCGCUCAGACUUCAGACACAUGAUCUGGCAUUGUGUCCUAUAAAACAAACCGAGGCUGUAACGUCAAUCUUUUGCAUACGGUAUUUUCCCUCGAAAUUGGGUGGACAAGUUGAAACGGGAAAGUCUAUACCUUCUUUAGUUAUUCCUCUCAAUUUCUCAAAAGACACGCUUCAUUAUGGUGCAGCUAAAUGUAGUAUAACAGUGCCACCAAGUGGUAUAUGUUCGAGAUCGCGCUAAGCGCGUGUAGACAGGCCUAUAAAUAUUAUGUUUGGGUUUUAGAGAGGUUUAGAGGCUGUUUUUUCAUUUUUCAAAUUUUAGUUGAUCUGCAUAUUUGUUGUCUUGGUCUAUUCUCCUUUCCACUAUCGUAUAUCUAGUUAUUGCUAUAAGCUACCUCCUUAAGCUUGUAGUCCUCUCAUGUUCCCCUCUACCAUGAGACAGUCAAGGGCACUGCAAAUCAUAUGGUACUCAAAUUCCCUACUGCCUCGUCCCCAGCUCAUGUUAUUUGCAAUACAUCCGCAUUGAACCUACAGAACUUUACGUAAACUCAACGUCAGUCGUAGGCUUAAGCACUGCUCGUGUCCCACACGGUUAAUACCACUUGAUUUUACAAGCACGUCCGCUUAACUUCGUGUACAACGUCGAAUACAGUCUCUCGUGUAAGCAACUGCAUCGUUGUGCUUGGGAGAUAGAGCAACAUCGACGCUAUUGAUACAUUUGCACCUCUGUGCAACAACGUAGCAAUAUUAUGAAGAAAUCGCUAGUUAAUAUUCGAAAUGUUUUCCACUCCAGCAUCAGUGUAUUGAUUUGCAACUGUGUCUUCCAAUGGAAAUUGAGCAAUUGGAGUAGAGGGUGCAGAAGGGGUGGGGCUAUUGGAGUUUUCGUUUAUCCCUUGAAGGUAUGGUAGAUCCAUCCCACAACGCGGCCAUUGGUGGCGGAAGUCAGCGGAGGCGGGGGCAAUCUGUUGAAUGAAGGUUUUUUUGUGUUGACACGCCGUGGUUCAGACAGAACCUCCACAGAUUUAAUGUAACCAUCUUUCGACAGCGUCUAUAAACAUUUAACAAAUGAAAGAGGCGGAGCCUACAGGGAUCUGUUUACUUAUUGAAGGAUGUGAUGUGGACCGCGGCUGGACGGCAACGCAGUGCAUGGACAAGAUUGAAACGAGGUUGAGCCAUAUUUUACACAGAGCAGGGCAGCAAUGGUAAAAUGUUUUGGGAGUCGUGCAUUUUGUUGAAAAAUACUGGACUAUAGCCUAUAGAGAGGACGUAUCUAUAUGAGGGAACGCGAUAACAGUGUUAGACUCAGACGUCUGUCUGUAUAUUGCAAACGGCCUUGAUCAAGACACCCGUUGGUGCAGUAGGUUCCAUGCCGGUGUCUGGUGCAUGAGGGUGGCGCACGGAGACCAACAAUAACCCCUUUACUGGCCAAGAGACGAUGGGGGUCAACGGGAUAGACAAUCAGACCGACACAGCAAGCGACGAGACUCCAACCGAACAGAUUGCAGAUUCAGGAAUGGAGGAAAAAGGUAUCUCCCAAGAUCAAGCGAAUCCACAAGCACCGAAUGGUCAAGGGGACAGCGAGUGUAAAAUCGCACACGAUGACAGUACCAUCCAGCUCAUUGAAGCGGGACUUAAGCCUGCCUUUUCACCGAGUUCCGAGGCACAGUCCCCGCCAGUCCCAAUAUCUAGACACGGUGCGGGGUUCGAGCCACCGGAGGGCGGAUUUGGAUGGUUAGUCGUAUUCGCUGCUACAUGGUGUAAUGGAUCGAUCUUCGGAAUCCAGAACUCCUUCGGUAUUCUCCACAUGAUGUUGGCGAGAGACCAUGCCGACCAGACGUCGCAGUUCAGAGUAGCUUGGGUGGGGGCCCUAGCCAUGGGCAUGAUCUUCUUUUGCUCUCCAGUGGUCAGCAUGUUCACUGACCACUUUGGCUGCAGGAAGACUGCUAUUGGUGGAGCCCUUGUGGCCUUCAUAGGACUUCUCAGUAGCGCCUUUGCAACCUCCCUCAGUCUGCGGUAUUUCACCUACGGUAUCCUGUUCGGCUGCGGUUCCUCCUUCGCCUUCCAGCCCUCCCUGGUCAUUCUGGGGCACUACUUCCGCCGUCGACUGGGCCUUGCCAACGGGGUGGUGACAGCAGGCAGUAGCCUCUUCUCCAUGGGCCUCCCAGUGCUUCUCAAGAAGGUGGUGGAGCCCCUGGGCCUUAAGCACACUUUCCAGAUCCUCAGCAUCUUCAUGUUGGUCCAGGCCUUUCUGGCCUUCACCUUCAAGCCCCUUCUCCCUCACGGAGCUCCAGGCCCGGGACCCCCAGUUCCCACUGAGCCCUCGGCCCAUCUGGCUGCCACCGCCGGGGGUAGCUGGUUGAGCCGAGGCCUGGUGCAGGUGCGGAAGUACUUUAACCUGCGAGUGUUCCACAUUGUCACCUACAGGGUGUGGGCAUUUGGGGUAGCGACUGCAGUGCUAGGGUACUUUGUACCCUACAUCCACCUGAUCAACUUUGUGAAGGAGCAGUUCAAGGAGACAGAGAAAGAGUGGGUCCUUCUGGUGUGCAUCGGAGCCUCAUCUGGCGUGGGGCGCCUCGUCUUUGGGAAGGUUGGAGAUCUCAUCCCAGGGGUGAAGAAGAUCUACAUGCAGGUGGCAUCCUUUAUGGUGCUGGGCCUCAUGUCCAUGAUGAUCCCCCAGUGCACAAUGUUCGAGGGCUUGGUGGUGGUGUGUGUGUUCCUGGGCCUGUGUGACGGAUGCUUCAUCACCAUCAUGGCCCCCAUCGCCUUCGAGCUGGUGGGCCCCAUGCAGGCCUCGCAGGCCAUUGGCUACCUGUUGGGCCUCAUGGCACUACCCAUGACCGCUGGACCUCCUAUUGCUGGUCUCCUGCACGACUACUUUGGUAACUACCAGGUGGCGUUCUACCUGGCGGGGGUGCCCCCCAUGGUGGGGGGCAUGGUGCUAUUCUUUGUGCCACUGGUGCACCGCCGCGCUCAGCAAGGCCAGCAGGGCGCGCCACAGGACCCCAGCGCCGACCACAUGCUGCCCCCAGCCAUGGCGAAGAGCUGCCCCAACGGGGACAUGUUGCCCGGCUACACUGAUGUGGAGACGCACAUUUGAGUGACACGACAUUAAGGGAUUCUGUCCACCAGCACAGUCACUUGGCCGUCCAACUCUAUGGCGCCUGUAACCCCCUUCUCUCCCCCGCCUGACCGCUCACCCUGGUCUGCCUGCUGGAGGACCUUUCAACCACUAACCUCCACUAAGUAGCAGCACCACUUGACUCUGACAAAGUAAAACCACCUGCCAAAUGACCUGACCUUCUCCUGCCCUCCAAGUCUGUUUGCCGAUUGGCUUCUCCGUGUUCUGAGGACUUUGGUUUGGCAGGAGAGGAGGAUCAUGGGAAUCUUUACCCAUAGAAAACUUUCAAUAGAUGAAGGAGAAGUACAUCCAUACUGGGUGAGAGGAGAGGGAAGAAGAAAAGAAAGAGCGGCAGAGAAGAAGGAUGCAUCAACGUAGGAACACGAGCGGAACACAAUCAAAAACGUUUUUUUUCUCACUGUGGCUUCAGGCUUCUUUAAUCGUCCCUGCGUCCAAAUCUUGAUUGUGUACACAUCACUCAUAUGACAUAGGGCCUUUUUGGGAAAAAUACCUAAUUUUUUAAUCUAGAUUUCAGACAAAUACAAGCAUUUACCUUUGUGUCUAUUAUUUUUGGAAAGUAUAAAUCAUUUAAUGUGCUUCUAUUGGUUUUUAAAGACAGAUAACAAGUUGAGAUUGCAGUAUUCAGUGCAUAGAAUAUGAAAUAGGGAGACCUUAAUACUCAUGGUUGUCUAAUGUUGUUACAUUUCAUCUCACCCUUUUAUGUGUAUCAUGUGAUUGAAUUGUUUUACGUGUUUAAAUAGGACAAUGUUUAGUUUUAACAAACACUUUUAAACAGUUUUGGCAGUGAUAACAUUUGACUGUUACAUCCCAAUUGCAUAAUGUUUUGUUGUUAGAUAACAUAUCGUAUGAAGUUUAACAUUGUGGGUCUUCAAAGUCAAUUUCUCUACUAUGGGAGACAAAAACACAAAAUCACCUCAACCUUUCUACUUCUGACCUGGGUCAUAUACUAUUUACAAAUACAAUCAACUGCUUGGGGUAUGCCAGAUUUACCUAAUAACAUCUAAGGAAUCCAAUAGGACAGUCCCAAAUGUUAAUAAACGUAGGUAAAUCUAGCUCACUUCAUACUAUUUGAUCUGUAUUUCACCCAGGGCUGCUACACUACAGAUACUUAAAUAUGCAACAUGUGCCAUGGUGAAGCACUUGGCUGCACCUAACAUGACACGAGUCUCAGCUGAGCCUUAAAUUCCUUUUAAAGAAUAGUAACAUUUUAGCUUUUUUGGGUGCAAUCUUUUUAUUUGACUUUUUUGUACAUUUUGGGAUUUAGAAUAGUUUGUUUUGUCUAACCUAUAUCCUUACAUUUCUGUCUUCUUGAAAAACUUUGUGGAAUUGAGUUGGGAAAUCUGUUCUUUAGCUUUAGUUUAAAUCAGAUAGUAAUACUAUGGAGCAAUUCUUUUGUAUGUUUGUCUGCAUACGUAUCUGUGUGUGUGUGUUGUUUUAUUGACACACUUCUGGUUACCAGAAAAGUUUGUAUCGAUGUGUUGUGGACAUAUUCAGUCCAAGUUACAAACAAACCCUUUACGCCCCUCUGAUGAGUGAUUGAUGUGUGAACUAUAGUCUACAUUAGCUAGAUCCCUCAUCAAACCGACUUUCUACAGGCCGAUCUGAACCUUGAUUAUUUGCUGCUGUUGUAUAUUCCAUAAUCCUUGGGCUGGUCAAAUUACAGGAAUCACCUUAA